UACCGAGAAAUACGCCCCGGGCGCAGGUGAGCGAGAUCUGAGUUGUCUGACCUUUGGUUUGUGGUUAGUGUAACGCAUUUCCAAGACAGAGACGCAGAUAGUCUUACAGACAUCCUACGAGUUAAUCCGACGUCUAAACUAAUAUUCGGAUAUACCGACGACAUGUUCCGGGUGAUGUUUGGGGUGGUGGUUGUAGGCGGGAUAUGGGCAGCCACGGUAAUUCCACCUACACAUAAUCUUCCCCCCAGACGACAGUUAGAUCCGACAAAUUUAGACACUUUAAACAGACAAGUAAGGAAGGCUUUACUGGCCAAAGUGACCGCUGAGCUAGAGUCAAGCAAGACGUACAUGGCGGGUCUUCAGCCUCAGCUGACCACCUGUCAAACAAAGGUCAAUGACUCGUUAGGUCCCUGUCUGAAAUGUGUCGACAAUGCCUGUCAAGAGAAGUUUAAAUAUUGCCACUCACUGACAUUUAACAUGCACUCACCAGGCGGGAUGUCGGUGUCAAGCAGUAAUGUAAACGGUCAAAGUCAGGUGACGGUCUGUGCUUUGACCGGAAGUCAGUUUACCCGCACGUGUUCCACUAUCAUGAACCCUGACGGUUUCAUGGUCAACUCGAUCUCUCAGAUCGGCGACAACCUUAGGAUCAACCUCGGGAGAGUUUACGGUGACCUUGGAACAGUGGCCGUUGGGAACUUCGUUGGUGGUCUUACCAAUGUCGCGAACAACGUCGUCCGGAACAUGACGGACGAGGAGAAAGCACAGUUACAGCAGACGAUGUCCCACCUUAGUCAGUCUCUGUCCACCAUCGGACACCAUGUCGGACAGAGUGUCCAACACUCUUUGAACCAGAUGAAUACUAACCUUGGUCAGAUGAACCAGAACAUGAACAGUUUCGGGAACUCGAUGGCACAGUGGGGACAAAACUUCGGCCAACAACUCUCUCAAUCUCUCUCACAUAUGUUCGAUGGGACAUUCAUGGGGAGAAGACGGAGAAGGGCAGCUCAGGAAUGUACCUUUCUCUUCGGCGAUCUGUAUCAGAACUGCGCAAGUCUGACGUCACAGUGCGCAUCGUGUCCUAGUAACCGACAGGACACCAUGGAAACAGUAUGCGGGAAGGAUCUGGUGGAUAAGGUCAAGGCCGUACAGAAGACAAUGGACGAGAUGAACCAGAUUUACGGAGAGGUUAUCAAAGCUCAGAAUAUCAUCACCAGGGUCGAGUUCGAUGACGUAAUUGUUGACCCAACGAUGGCGUCUUACAGUAACGUUCAGAUAACGGCAAACAUUAGAGGGAUUCCGACAAUGUUCAUGCUGACAUCCGCCAUACAGCUGAACAACCUUGGAUAUUCCGGUACGUCCAUCGCACGACAAGUCUGGAAGGAAUGGGCCGUCCGAAUGACACCAUGAUGACGUCAUUAACCGGAAGUGGGAAACGACCAAUGAGAUGUCCCGAUUUGCAGUUACUUUACUUUUGAAAUUGAAUUAUUGAUUGUAAUGUACUAAUUAUAUGUAAUUAAUCAAGUUAAUUGUCUCUUGUAUAAUAAAUAAGUAUUCAUAGUAUGAUCCGA